AUGAGUCCUGACUAUACGCGGUCCCACCAACAACCAGUGAACAUAGAUGACAGAGUACUGAAAGGGGAUGCGACCGCACAGAAGCUAGAGAAUGCUACUUUGAAAGCAGAGUUGGGAAACGCGUCAUGGAAACUCCUACACACGAUGAUGGCGAAAUUCCCCGACAAACCCACCGAAGACGAUAGCGCAGCCCUUAAAUCAUACAUCCAUCUCUUUGCUCGACUCUAUCCUUGCGGAGACUGCGCGCGCCAUUUCCAGAAGAUAUUAGCGAAGUACCCGCCCCAGGUGACAUCGCGGUCGAGUGGUGCUGCUUGGGCCUGUCAUGUGCAUAAUGUGGUCAAUAAAAGAUUGAAGAAGCCGGCGUUUGACUGCUCAAAAAUCGGGGACUUUUAUGAUUGCGGGUGUGCUGAGGAUCCGGUUCCUAGCAAGGGAGUGAAGGUAACGAAGGAUAGUUUUACGCCUUUGACUUUGGAUGAUAAGGAGGGAUUGACCAGGGGCGGCUAA